ACGUGUUCAUCAACCGGGAGGCGCAAAAAAACAAGCGUGAAGCUGUGCUCGCUGCUUCUUAUCGUGGGCUUCGCGCACUGUUAGUGGGAAGUAACUUUUGUCCUUCAGAGAGCAGUUCUACACGCGGGGAUUUACGCCUGAAGAUAAAAGAGCUGCGCCACACUCGCACCAUGUCAGCCUCAACGGCGAAAGUUAGUAGGAAGGAGAAUUCAAAUCACGACGUUGCGGACGAGACCUCUGAGAAGGAGCAGCAAGAAGCAAUCGAACACAUUGAUGAAGUACAGAAUGAAAUCGACAGGCUGAACGAACAGGCUAGUGAAGAAAUUUUAAAAGUAGAGCAGAAGUACAACAAAUUACGCCAGCCAUUCUUUCAGAAGCGAUCGGAACUGAUCGCCAAAAUCCCCAAUUUCUGGGUCACAACAUUUGUCAACCAUCCACAAGUUUCAGCGCUUCUGGGGGAAGAGGAUGAGGAGGCUCUUCAUUACUUGUCAAGGGUAGAGGUCACUGAGUUUGAGGAUAUCAAAUCUGGAUACAGAAUAGAUUUUUAUUUUGAUGAGAAUCCGUACUUUGAGAACAAAGCUCUCUCCAAAGAGUUUAAUGUAAAUGAAAGCGGAGAUCCUGUUUCCAAGUCGUCUGAAAUCAAAUGGAAAGCUGGAAAGGACCUGACUAAGCGCACGGGCCAGACACCAAACAAAGCUGGAAAGAAAAGGCAGCAUGAGGAGCCCGAGAGCUUCUUCACCUGGUUUAGUGACCACUCGGAUACAGGAGCUGAUGAGCUGGGAGAAGUGAUCAAGGAUGACAUCUGGCCUAACCCGCUGCAGUACUAUCUGGUCCCUGACAUGGAGGACGAAGAAGGUGAUGGUGACGAUGAUGAUGAUGAAGAGGAGGAGGGUCUGGAAGAUAUUGAUGAAGGGGAGGAAGAGGAAGGUGAAGAUGAUGAUGAGGACGGUGAUGAAGAUGGAGAGGACGACGGUGAAGACGAUUAAACAUUUUAGCAAACACCAAUUCUCAGUGCUCCCUCUGUGAUCAUCCUGCAAAUCCUGCAACCCAUGGGAACAAAGUAUUUUGGUUUUUUUGUGUUUGGGGGGGGUUUGUUUAAAAAAAAAGAACAAGAAAAAAAAUCCUGUGUUGUCCGCCCGUCCAUCCUCUUCCUCCGCACCCGAGGCCCGUCCGCGCUGAGGAGCAGCCCCAUUGACACCGGCUGGAACGGGCUGCUGGUGGCUCUCUGGACUGUCUCACCUGUCCUUGUUUCUCUACAUCUACGAAGACAUGGAAAAGGAAAAGUGUAUUGUAGCAUUCUGCAUGUCCUCCUACGUAGACUUUAAAUACGUACAAUAGCAAUUUCUAUGUAAGAUAUGAAGUUUCUGAGUUGUGCGUUCAAUAAAAUAAGCCAUGGUGCAGUGAUAACUUAAUCAUAGGAUCCUUAUCCACUUUUAUAUAAAAUGUAUACUGUAAUAUAUCCAGUGGUGCGGGCUACUAAGGUCUAUUAGAAGUUGCAUUUUCUGUGACUUACUGUACUAGUGGAACUGAUUGAAAGCACCAGCUUGAUCAUUUCACCUGUUGUAAAUGUUUUUGGGCAAUAUUUGUGUCUUGGUAAGAACCUUUACUGUACACUUAACUGGGAGGACUGGUGAGGCAAAGGGCUUCGACACCAGCUCUGGACAUGUGCUGAAUAAAUGAUAUUGUUUUUCAGGCACCCACAA